AUGAAUCAUGGGCCCUACCGAGAGCGGAGGACCAAAGGGCACAAGCGCACUCCCACGCUGUCCCUGCGCAAAAACGAGCGAUUCAAGGAUUUCGGCGCGGAUCACAUGCCGGCCUCCUUCCGGCUCUUCGAGGAAAUGAACUACCAGCAGUCGGUACCACCCAGCAACAUCCGAAUGGUUGGCUACAUCGACCGCAUCAGUGAUAUGCAUGACCCAGAUGCAACGCAAGACUGGUACCUCUGCACGAGCAAAAAGUUCAUGGUGACAGAGUCCCAGACCGGCCGCGAUGCCAAGCGGCUGGAUGACUUUGCGCGGAGAUUCUUGUUCUCCUACCGGUGGGUCCCGACAGAGGAUGGUGAUCUCCGCUUCGAGCCCGUCCCGAAUGCCUCGCAGGCUCAGUCCCUGAGGGUCUGCCACAAGAACACGGCCAUGCAGUUUGCGAAUGCCGCGAGCGCCGACGACGAAGCGAAGAGGAAGAUCAAGCGGUACAAGGCCGAGAUGGCUCAGUUCGAGCAGGUCAUCGGCGAAAUCACCGCUCAGGAGCACAAGCCACGUCGCCCUGCAGGCCCGAGGAAGACCAGGCGCGGGAUGUUUUUGGGUGGUCAGGGCGUGUAA